CCGGCGCGUCCCCCGCGGGACGGCGGCGGCUGCCCCGGCGCUGCGCCGCCUCCCCGCAGGGCACCCGGCUCCGCGGCGGCGCGACGGGGAGGACUGAAGAGGUCUGAGAAUGAGAUGUGCUUACCAUGAAAGACCUGAAGAUCUUAGUUUACACAGAUAAACACAACAUACACAUCAGAAGAUGGAUGUGAAUGCAGACUGGGACUCUGAGAAUAACACAUGUGACACAGGUGAGAAGUGUUCAAAUUAUUCCAGACAGACCAAUAAAUGGGUGGGCCACAAAUCUAACCUCCAGAAGGAGGUAGACAUGAAUUGCUCACAGAGAUCUGCUCCUCAUUGCAACCCUGCUGGACCUUCAGGUAAACAGGAGCUUCCUGUGGAGUUGCAGUGUGAAGAUGAAGAGACCUAUGAGACCUACUACCAAAAACGAGGUGAGACUACAUCUGGUGUAUUUGUCACCUCCAGUACCAACUUUGAUUUGCAGUGUGAAGAUGAGGAUUUAGAGCACUGUUCCUCUAAGUGCCCCAAGAAACCACAGAGAAGGCUUUGUGAUGAUGAUGAAAACACUGUUCUUACUGACGUUUUUGGUGAGGAGAAGCUGGAGCCCAUCUCUGGGGAACCUUUGCCUCAUCAGUGCAAGAAGUGUGGUGCCUCUUUCCAGGGUAUGAUUGAGCUGCGGGAACACAAGCAGAUCCAUCUUGUGGAAAACUCAUACCGAUGUCCUGUCUGUGGCAAAGAGUUCUUUCGUGCUGCAAAUUUGCGAAUGCACAAACUCAUUCAUUCUAGUGACAGACCACAUAAGUGUCCAGAAUGUGAUAAGGGUUUCAUCCGCACGGCUGAUGUCUGGAGGCACCUACGCAAUGUACACAAGAUAGAGCGUUCCAUGGUGAUCUUAGGAAAUGGCAUGGCUAGGAACCCAUGGUCAAUAGUGCACCGUAACCAACACAGUGUUGAGUAUAAUGAUCAGCCAUGUACAGAAAACCAAAAGUCUGAGGAAGAAGACUAUAAACCUUAUGCCUGUCCAACAUGUGGCAAGGGUUUUGAUAAGCCUAACCUGCUUUCCAAACACAAGGUGAUCCACCGGCAAGACAAGCCUUAUAAAUGUCAAGAAUGUGGCAUGGCAUUUGUGCAGCUGCUCAGGCUGAAAAGACACCAGCAGACUCACUCUGGGGAGCGCCCCUUCUAUUGUGAGGAGUGUGGAGGGACAUUCACCCGUCUGGCAUCACUCCAGCGCCAUCAGCGGAUCCACACUGGAGAGAAGCCCUAUUCUUGUGCUUACUGUGGUCAUUCCUUCACUGAGUCUGGAACCCUACGAAGGCACGAGCGUACGCACAAAUUGGACAAAUCGUAAUACUUUAUUUGUUAUGAUUGUGAUCGCCUUGGUUGCUUCUUACCUGAAUGUGGCCUGUCUAACUGGAUUGAAGAGAGCACUUCAUCGCAUGAGCAAUAGUUAGUCUGGAUCCCACUUCCUAACAGUGGGGAACACCACUUUGUAGCAAGCUCUGCAACUUGCUCUGACAGAGAUUAUGCUGCUUGGCUUUACGCUGGCGUUGUAUGAAGAAAUAACUUCAUUACCGCUGUGUUUAUUAGCUGCAUUGGAGGUGCAUCAAGUUGAGCUUUCUGCAAGCAUGUGUGGGCCAUGGGUCUUUCCUCUGCAGUCUUGGUCACUGAACAAACUGUCCCUGCUCUCUGGAGUAAGAUUGUUCUUCAGCUCUAGGUUUGGCUAUGUGUUGUUGCAGGUCUUUGCAAAGGCAGAAUGGUCCAGAGGUGCCCACAUAUCCCUUCUGUCUGUGCAUUCUGUUGAGUUUUCUCUUCUUACUAGGUAUUUUUAUUUGGAGGGGAAGUAUCCUAUUGGUUAUUUAAAAAAAAAAGUUCCAUAAUAAAUUGAACCAUUAUCAGCUGUAUUUCAUAAAUGUUUUGAUCUAAGGGUAUACUGAUCCCUUACGCACUUUUGUGUGAUUAGUUGAAUGACUGUUAAUAAUGGAAAGAGAGCUUUAUUUUGGCUAUGAUGGUGCAUGUUGUUGAGGGGGAUUUGGACAGAUUUGUGUUUCUGAUGGAACUGUGCACUCUGUGUCCAGCUGAGACAAAGAGCAGGAAAAAGACCAAAUUAAAGUCACCUUUUGCUAA